AUGGCCGCCAUCCACGGCAUCCCAAGCAACAGAGAAGAGCUGCCGCGGUAUUUAGUGGCCGCUGAACCCAGCUACUGUGGAAAGAGACACUCGCUGGCACUGCUCAGAAGGGCGGGCAGCCGUCCAGCACGCUUCUCCAUGUACUCCGUGGAGGAGAAAGAGGAACUGAGAGAGAAAGGAAAGAAACAAAAAGAGAAAGGAGAGAAAGAAAAAGAGAAAGAAAAGGAGAAAGGAGAGAAAGAAAAGGAGAAAGGAGAGAAAGAAAAGGAGAAAGGAGAGAAAGAAAAGGAGAAAGGAGAGAAAGAAAAGGAGAAAGGAGAGAAAGAAAAGGAGAAAGGAGAGAAAGAAAAGGAGAAAGGAGAGAAAGAAAAGGAGAAAGGAGAGAAAGGGGAGGAGAAAGGAGAGAGAGAAAAAGAUAAAGGAGAGAAAGGGGAGGAGGAAGCGAAAGUGAAAAAGGGAGAAGAGCCGAAGGAGAGGGAGGCAGAGAGCCGGAGGAGAGGGAGGCAGAGAGCCGGAGGAGAGGGAGGCAGAGAGCCGGAGGAGAGGGAGGCAGAGAGCCGGAGGAGAGGGAGGCAGAGAGCCGGAGGAGAGGGAGGCAGAGAGCCGGAGGAGAGGGAGGCAGAGAGCCGGAGGAGAGGGAGGCAGAGAGCCGGAGGAGAGGGAGGCAGAGAGCCGGAGGAGAGGGAGGCAGAGAGCCGGAGGAGAGGGAGGCAGAGAGCCGGAGGAGAGGGAGGCAGAGAGCCGGAGGAGAGGGAGGCAGAGAGCCGGAGGAGAGGGAGGCAGAGAGCCGGAGGAGAGGGAGGCAGAGAGCCGGAGGAGAGGGAGGCAGAGAGCCGGAGGAGAGGGAGGCAGAGAGCCGGAGGAGAGGGAGGCAGAGAGCCGGAGGAGAGGGAGGCAGAGAGCCGGAGGAGAGGGAGGCAGAGAGCCGGAGGAGAGGGAGGCAGAGAGCCGGAGGAGAGGGAGGCAGAGAGCCGGAGGAGAGGGAGGCAGAGAGCCGGAGGAGAGGGAGGCAGAGAGCCGGAGGAGAGGGAGGCAGAGAGCCGGAGGAGAGGGAGGCAGAGAGCCGGAGGAGAGGGAGGCAGAGAGCCGGAGGAGAGGGAGGCAGAGAGCCGAAGGAGAGGGAGGCAGAGAGCCGAAGGAGAGGGAGGCAGAGAGCCGAAGGAGAGGGAGGCAGAGAGCCGAAGGAGAGGGAGGCAGAGAGCCGAAGGAGAGGGAGGCAGAGAGCCGAAGGAGAGGGAGGCAGAGAGCCGAAGGAGAGGGAGGCAGAGAGCCGAAGGAGAGGGAGGCAGAGAGCCGAAGGAGAGGGAGGCAGAGAGCCGAAGGAGAGGGAGGCAGAGAGCCGAAGGAGAGGGAGGCAGAGAGCCGAAGGAGAGGGAGGCAGAGAGCCGAAGGAGAGGGAGGCAGAGAGCCGAAGGAGAGGGAGGCAGAGAGCCGAAGGAGAGGGAGGCAGAGAGCCGAAGGAGAGGGAGGCAGAGAGCCGAAGGAGAGGGAGGCAGAGAGCCGAAGGAGAGGGAGGCAGAGAGCCGGAGGAGAGGGAGGCAGAGAGCCGGAGGAGAGGGAGGCAGAGAGCCGGAGGAGAGGGAGGCAGAGAGCCGGAGGAGAGGGAGGCAGAGAGCCGGAGGAGAGGGAGGCAGAGAGCCGGAGGAGAGGGAGGCAGAGAGCCGGAGGAGAGGGAGGCAGAGAGCCGGAGGAGAGGGAGGCAGAGAGCCGGAGGAGAGGGAGGCAGAGAGCCGGAGGAGAGGGAGGCAGAGAGCCGGAGGAGAGGGAGGCAGAGAGCCGGAGGAGAGGGAGGCAGAGAGCCGAAGGAGAGGGAGGCAGAGAGCCGAAGGAGAGGGAGGCAGAGAGCCGAAGGAGAGGGAGGCAGAGAGCCGAAGGAGAGGGAGGCAGAGAGCCGAAGGAGAGGGAGGCAGAGAGCCGAAGGAGAGGGAGGCAGAGAGCCGAAGGAGAGGGAGGCAGAGAGCCGAAGGAGAGGGAGGCAGAGAGCCGAAGGAGAGGGAGGCAGAGAGCCGAAGGAGAGGGAGGCAGAGAGCCGAAGGAGAGGGAGGCAGAGAGCCGAAGGAGAGGGAGGCAGAGAGCCGAAGGAGAGGGAGGCAGAGAGCCGAAGGAGAGGGAGGCGACGAAGGAUCUCCAGCAAGAAGUGCAGACUGCGAAGGUGGAAACGCCCGCGAUGGUGAGGCGCGCAGAGCACAGUCAGGCUUUGCUGUAAAACCGCAUGCCGUGACCGGUCGGCGCUCCGCGCCGUACAGUCAGGAUGAACUGCUCACCCGCGCCGCCAGACAGCUCGGCGACAGCCCGCCGGCCCCACGCUGGCUGGCAGGCUGGCCGGUAGCCAGGAGACGCGGCGGCGGCGGCGACGACCCGUCUCUCUACACCGCCGCCACGACAGGCCAACCGACAACGCCGCGCUCGCCUGCUUAA